UAAAUAUAGGGUACAUAGUGAGAUGACGCAGUAGAAUGUUCUUCUGUGUUUUCUGGUGCACGUACCUAUUGCCGAAGGAAGGUAGCGAUCAGUGACGAUCGAAAUUUUGUGACGAGUGGAAGUGUUUUCUAACUGGUGAAUCGAAAACCGAAAGGGCAGCUCUUAACCGUGCCAACGAGUGUUUCCAAACGGCAAAUGCAUAUCCACCACUGUAGUUGGGUUAAAAAUCUAGCUAGAAGCGUUAAUAAGCGGCUGCACUGGGUUGUAGUCCUGGACAAGGGUUAAUACAGUGACGACGAGAAUGGCUCCAAAUCUGCGUGACCUCGAGACGGCCUUGCUAUUGUCGGCUGGAGCAAAAAGAGUCGACGGUGAUAAUUACACCACCACCACCACCACCAACAACAACAACAACGAGCGACUGAAACCGUCCCCGUUGGACGCAGCACUACACAGCAAUAACACUAGGUUUUACGGUUCAACGGCAAAUCAAUGGCAAAAGUUGACACGAUACGAUCCGCUUCAGCAGCGCAAGCUGGAGAAUCCCACGUCAAACUUGGACACCUUGGUACAUAUACUGAACGGGAACCUCGGCACCGGGAUCCUCGCGAUGCCCGAUGCCUUCAAGAACGCUGGACUGUACGUGGGUCUAUUCGGAACCAUGGCCAUGGGUAUUAUCUGCACCCACAGUAUGCACACCUUGGUCAAGGUGUCGCACGAACUCUGCCGACGGUACGAAGUCCCGUCGUUAUCCUUCUCCGACGUGGGCCAGUACGCACUGGAAUCCGGUCCGAGCUGCUUCCAUCGCUUCGGACGCCUCAUCGGACUACUCAUCAACUGUUUCCUCAUCACCAUGCAGAUCGGCUUCUGCUGCGUCUACUUCCUCUUCGUAGCCAUCAAUUUGACCGAUUUUCUCGAAUACAUCUCCAUCAAAACGGACGUGUUCAACGUUCUCGUGUGCAUACUGCUGCCAUUGAUCGCACUUAACAUGAUACGUAGCUUAAAAUUUCUCACGCCUACAUCGAUGGUGGCUGCCAUUCUGGCCAUCUCCGGAAUAACGAUCUCGUUCAUGUUUCUGCUAAGUGACCUCCCACGCAGUACGUCGGUGUCGCCUGCAUCGGACUGGAGAACGAUCCCGCUGUACUUCGGAACUGUCAUGUACGCUUUCGAAGGAAUCGGUGUAAUACUGCCUCUGGAGAACAAUAUGAAAACCCCGAAGGACUUUUGCCGAUGGAACGGAGUGCUCAACACCGGAAUGACAAUCGUAGUGUGCCUGUACUCCGCCGUCGGUUUCUAUGGUUAUCUCAAGUACGGCGACGCCGCCCAGGGAAGCAUCACACUCAAUCUGCCUAGUCAUUUGUUUUUGGCAGAAUUGGUUCGUCUGCUGAUGGCGGUGGCCGUGUUUGCAUCGUACGCCCUACAGUUUUACGUGCCGAUGACGAUUCUGGGACCGGUUGUGCGACGCCAGUUCGGUUCCAACGCCGCGCAGGAUUAUGCCGAGUAUGCACUGCGAAUCGCGUUGGUUCUGCUGACCUUCACCCUGGCGGCCAUCAUUCCCAAUUUGGGGUCGUUUAUCUCGCUGGUAGGGGCCGUCAGUACUUCCACGCUGGCGUUGGUUUUCCCGCCGCUGCUGGAAAUUGCAACCUACUGGCCCAACCGGCAGUAUGGCCGGUGGAAUUGGAUUCUGUGGAAGGACAUUGCAGUUGUCAGUCUGGGCCUGUUUGGAUUCCUAAUCGGGACCAGCACGAGUGUCGUCGAGAUCAUUACCGAGUGGGAAUAGGGUAUUUUCGUGACGGUAAAUUAUAUUUUUGUGUUGAUACAGGGACGCUUUGACAAUUUUAUGUUUGACAUUAACAUUUAGCUAGGAACGUGACUUGUCACAUUUCAUUAGAAUGUACUCAAAAAGAUCUGACAGAACAUGUAUGUUUUUCUAUAAAUC